UGACAGUUGACACAAGAAACUUGUAAUUUUAUUUUUACAUCAAAGAACAGAAGGACAUUGUGUUUGUGCAUGAAAUUUGAGCCACGUCAGCUUAGCAUUCGAAUGCGGAGUUUUCAACACGUCAGUUUAGUAUUCUUUAAUUUCUGAAACGUUCAAGAUUACUAGGCCGAAGGAUGCAUUCUAUUCAAAUUCAUAACGUUAUCGCACGAAUGAUUUCGUUCUUUUAUCUCAUUGGCGUUUGGCAUCGUGGAGAUAAACCUACGGUCAAGGAAUUCCGAAUUAAGUUAUUUUAUUCCUUUUAUUAUCCACUCUUUGUCCUAUCAUUGACGAUUGGAGCAAUUUCUAAUGAAAAUAGGGAUACAACUAUAUUCUUAACAGAAACAUCAAUCGCAGUUUCAGUUGCAGCAAUAAAAUUUUGGCUCUUAAUUUGGAAACAGAAUCAAAUUCUUGAUUUGUUGAAUCGAGUUUGUGCCUUCUCGAUUCGAAGUGAUGUCGACUACAAUCGAUUUAACGACAAUCUUUGAGGAUUUAUGAAGUUUGUAUUGGUGUUUGUAAUUACUGUAACUGUUGCUGGUUCUGCAGGAACCGUUUUAUCGUUUCUUGGACGUGAGAGAACUUUAUUUUUGGAAAUUGCAUUUCCAUUGGAUUGGAGAAGCAAAGAGAUUGCGUUCUGGCUUGCAACCACUUUUCUCUUUACUGAAAUGGCUUUAACUGUAGUCAUAGACUUUUUCACCACAAUAAUUUGGUAUUUACUCUUGAUAUGUUCUCUGAGGUAUCAAUUGCUAGGAAGUGAGUUGAAGAAUUUGGGAAGCAUUAACAAAAAUACUGAAGAAAAGAUGACGAAAAUGCAAAUGCAAAACAACUUUUUUAAAGAUUUAAAAGAGUCAAUCGAUGCUCAUCGACACAUUAGGGAGUGAGUGUGUUGUUAUCGACAGAGCCCAGUCUAUAAUUUUUGUUUGUUGGCAAGCGAAUUGGAAUCCUUUUUCUCUGAUCUAUUUUUCGUACAGUUUGGCACCAGCGGCCUCUGCAUUUGUGGAUCAAUUUAUUGCCUGGCAUUUGAUGUUGGUGAUAAUUUAUUGGAACGUUGUGUACAUGUUAUAGCAUUUUUAUACUUCAUUGCCGAACUGUUUAUGAUCACGUACUUUGGGAAUGAGAUAAUGCUGUCAAGUAAUCGUCUCUCCUACAGCUUAUUUGAGUCGGACUGGUACAACCAGCCCCAAUCGACCAAAAAGUGCGUCAUCAUUUUUGGUGAAUAUUUGAAGCAACCACAGGAGAUUGUGAUUGGCAAAUUGUAUCCAUUAACGUUGGAGACAUUUACAAGGAUUUUGAAUUCUGCCUACAGCAUGUUCAACAUCUUAAAAAGCUUUCAGUAAUAACAUUUUUGAUAAAUUAGAGGGGUGAUGGGACUUAAGAAAAUUAGGA